CACAUGUUUUUGUCCAAUCAAAUGCUCUCUAGAAAGGGAAUGUCCCUCCCACUAAAUUAUCUCGCUUCUCUUCACUAAUCAUGGUUCGUCGGUGUGUAUUUGGCUGUUCUAACGCACGGACAUUAUUUUGUUUCCCAACCACAAACUGGUUGCGAAAGAAGUGGCUGGAGUUUAUACAUUUCGAAGAGGAGGCUAUUUGUGCCAGCUCGCGACUUUGUGACAGGCAUUUCUCUGAUGAAUUCUUCACCAAUUUGGGGAUGGUUACUGCAGGGAUAACGUGCUACCUUACAUUAACAGACACUGCCGUUCCCACUCUGUACACUGUAGGCCCUUCCCCUCCCGCACGACCAAUGACACGAGAGGUGGGCUGCCAAUGUAAUGCUCCGGUUCUGAAGAGUGUGGCGGUCCAAGCAGUACUCACCCAAAAAAAGCCUAAACGGAGGAGUAAAGCAAUUCAAGUCAGACCUCUUGUGAGUAAUUGUGCUAGUGUGUCCUGCUCCGAUGAGGACUUCCCAGUCAAAUCCGAAUCUUCAUUCACAUCAACACCAAUUAAAAGACCACGCAUGGAGGAUUCCUUAGAGGGGACAUCAUACAGCUCAGAGGAACCAACAGAUGAUACCCACGUGCCCGAUAUCAUUCAGGAGGAAGACAUAAAACUUGAGCCCUGUGAUUCUUCGUACAUCGUCGUCACCAUCUGAAUCCUCCAUUUCGUCAUCUGCGGAGAACAGGAUCUGACCAGCACAAGAGGAAGAGUGCUAAACAAAGACAGUUCAACUAAUCAUCUUUUU